AUGUUUGCCGCCGGAUUGAGCCUAUGCGGCCGCGGCGUGCCGCAAAAUCCCAAAACCUACUUCGCAUCCGUGGAGAAGGUUCUGGGAGAAUUAGUGCAUUCGACGCCGGGGAAGGACACGUUUAUCGACAAGGCGAAAAGCGGCAAGGUCAGUGGUGCCGCAGCUUGUUACACCGAGAAGCCGGCCACAUGUAAGAGCUGCCUCCAGCAUACCAAGGCCAGGCUGGAGCGUUGCAAGGGCUCCACUUCCGGCGGCAACUUCAACGAGGUUUGCAACAUGGAGUUCUGGCGAACUGGUGACAAUUAG